AUGAUCACGUCAUCAUCUCUCAGCCGCUUUAACAUAAACAGAGCCAAUGUAUGGGAUGGAGCACUGAGAGGUUUCAAGCGGGCUUCUUUCAACCCUUUCAAUGAAAUAUUUGUAAAAUUCACCGAUGACGAGGGACAGGCAGAAGACGGCGUUGAUAACGGUGGUCCCAAGCCAGCCAAAAAUGAUGAAUAUUUCAUGGUUGGGAGGAUGAUUGCCACUUCUGUCGUUCAUGGAGGUCCAGGUCCUCAAUUCUUAUCUGAGAAGCUCUACCAGCACCUCACAGGAACAUCAACAAAUACAGAAGGAAAGAUAGAAGACAUCACUGACAACACCAUGAGGGCUUCUUUGAUUGAGAUAUCCAGUGCAGGUACAUUGACUGAACUACACCAGUCAGUUGAAAGACAUGCAAGCAUCUUGCAAACUGCUGGCUGCUUGCAGUUCCCUGUGACUGUUGAUGACAAAUUGAAAAUUGUAAAGGAGUUCAUUGAUUGGUACAUCAUUUACCGCAACCAUUUCUCUAUUCAAAGAUUCAAGGAUGGCCUUUCAACACUGAACUUCCAGAAUGCUUUGGAGCAGCAUGCUUCCGUCUUCAGGCCAUUUAUGUGUGUAAGAGUGGAACAGCUGACAUCCAAAAUAUUGGAGGAAAUAUUUGAGGUUCAGCUCAGUGAAAAGGGUAGCAGCAGACGACAUGAGGAAACAAGAGUGCUAGGAUUCUGGAGAGACUUUCUCCUUGACACAGAAGAACAAAAAACGGGUCUCUCUCUCCAGGACAUCCUGAUGUUUGCCACCGGCUUGAACACACUACCUCCAUCUUCAAUUCUGCCACCACCAAAACUGAUCUUUCAGGCCACUUCUCGUUUUCCUGUCAGUAGCACCUGCCCCAACACUAUCAAAAUACCAAUGUCCAAGACGUAUCAUCAGUUUAAAGAAGACAUGGACUUUGGGAUUCAAAACUCCCCUGGGUUUGGGCUUUAUUAAGGUCAAAUGCAUAACAACAAAACAAAAUGCUAACUAUUUAACUUGUCAAACCUGUUCAGUUAUGACACUGUUUAGUGUUUGUGUGCGACCUUCAAAUUUGGAUUCUUGUUUGUU